GACUCAGGAGAAAAACCUAUUCCUAAAGUUGUUUUUUUAGCAUUCUUCCCUUCUCCUCUCCGCAACUUAGAUUCCAGACAAGGCAUUUCAUGAAGAUACUUACUUUUAACAUUAAAGUAAACGAUAUUAGUUCUGUUUUGAGACUACAGUGAUCGACUUUAAGACAACUAGAGUCUGCCAAGAUUACCACAAUUCCUGGAUUUCCAGAGAAUAAACGGAGGAGAUUGGCUUAACACCCUCAGAUCACGUGGGUGCAAUGGGUCGUUACUGAAGCAAACAACCUGUGCAAUGUAUCAGCUUUAUGUACUCAAGCAGAAAACAGUAUAAGGAUUCACCAGUCUCCUGCCUUGAAGAGAAAACGGAGCCAUGAGCACAGCAGGAAAAGUAAUCAAAUGCAAAGCAGCUGUGCUAUGGGAGAUAAAGAAACCCUUUUCCAUAGAGGAGGUCGAGGUCGCACCACCUAAGGCCCAUGAAGUUCGUAUUAAGAUGGUGGCCUCAGGAAUCUGUCGUUCUGAUGAUCACGUGGUUAGUGGAACGCUUGUCACACCUCUCCCUAUAAUCUUGGGCCAUGAGGCAGCUGGCAUUGUGGAAAGCAUUGGAGAAGGAGUGACUACAGUAAAACCAGGUGACAAAGUCAUUCCACUCUUCACGCCCCAGUGUGGAAAAUGCAGUGUUUGUAAACACCCGCAAGGCAACCUCUGCUUGAAAAAUGAUCUGAGCAAGCCUCGGGGGUUCAUGCAGGAUGGAACUACCAGGUUCAUCUGCAGAGGAAAGCCCAUCCACCAUUUCAUCAACACCAGCACCUUCUCCCAGUACACAGUGGUGGAUGAGACUGCAGUGGUCAAGGUCGAUGCAGCCGCACCAUUGGAGAAAGUCUGUCUCAUUGGCUGUGGAUUUUCUACUGGGUAUGGGUCUGCAGUCAACGUUGCCAAGGUCACCCAGGGUUCCACCUGUGUGGUGUUUGGCCUUGGAGGAGUCGGCCUGUCCGUGAUCAUAGGCUGCAAAGCAGCAGGAGCAGCCAGGAUCAUUGGGGUGGACAUCAACAAAGACAAAUUUGCAAAGGCCAAACAGGUGGGUGCCACUGAGUGCAUCAGCCCUCAGGACUACAAGGAACCCAUCCAGGACGUGCUGAAGGAAAUGAGUGGUGGCGGUGUGGAUUUUUCAUUUGAAGUCAUUGGGCGGCUUGACACCAUGGUGGCUGCCUUGUCCUGCUGCCAAGAGUCCUAUGGUGUAAGCGUCAUUGUAGGAGUACCUCCUAAUUCACAAAAUCUCUCUAUGAACCCCAUGUUUCUACUGACCGGACGUACCUGGAAAGGAGCAAUUUUUGGUGGCUUUAAGAGUAAAGAUUCUGUCCCCAAACUGGUGGCUGAUUUUAUGGCUAAGAAGUUUCCACUGGAUCCACUAAUAACCCAUGUUUUACCUUUUGAAAAAAUAAAUGAAGGAUUUGACCUGCUUCGCUCUGGAAAGAGCAUCCGCACCAUCCUAACAUUCUGAGACCAUAUGAAUGGCUUCAUUGCAGCAGGCUUUUGGCUCGUGAACCUUCUGGAACGAGCAGCCAAACAACAUCACCAGUUCUGUUCUUCAGAGAUGCAGUCAACAAAUCAUGCAUGAGAGCUAUCCAAAAGAAACAAAAAUUCAUGUGAAAUCCUUUUUCAAGCCAAUGUUUAAAAUUCAAGUGAGAGCUAGAUGAAUCAUUAGCUGCAUAGUUGAAUCCAGUAAACUUUCCUUCUUAAUCAUUCUACUCAUGUUGAAUUAUGGCAUCUUUCCAUUGAAGAAAGACAGGUAUUUCUUUGACUUCUUGAAUUUCUUUUACCUGUGCCACCCUUAGUCCCUGAAACCUAGGGGAGAAGGUCUUCAUUAUACUUUAUAUGAUACAUAAUGACCUCCAACAUACAUUGAUUAGCUACUGUGCUUGAACUCUUCUAUUUCUAUUUCCACUGUCUAUAUUUUCCUUUUUAUGAAAUGUACCAAAGUCCUAAGGGAAACGCUAUCAUCUGGGAAAGGAUACACUUAGAUUUACCAGUAGGGAAGGUCUAGAACCUCUAUAUUCAGGGAAUUUCUUUCUUCUUUUUUUUUUUUUUUUAAACUGAAGUGUAGGGGCGCCUGGGUGGCUCAGUGGGUUAAAGCCUCUGGCUUCUGCUCAGGUCAUGAUCCCAGGGUCCUGGGAUCAAGCCCCAUGUCAGGCUCUCUGCUCCAUGGGGAGCCUGCUUCUACCUCUCUCUCUCUGCCUGCCUCUCUGCCUACUUGUUAACUCUGUCAAAUAAAUAAAUAAAAUCUUAAAUAAAUAAAUAAAUAAAUAAAUAAAUAAAAUCUUAAAAAUAAAUAAACAAAUAAAUAAAUUGAAGUGUAGCUGACAUACAAUCUUAUAUUAGUUUCAGAUGUACUGAUGUAGUGCUUCAACACUUAUGUACAUUAUGAAGCGAUCAACACGAUAAAUUAGCUACUAUCAGGCACCAUACAAAAUUGUUACCAUACUAUUAGCUAUAUUCUAAAAACGAGGAAUUUUUUAGGGAAAUGUCACACAUUUUUAUGUGACAGAGGGAAGUACACGAUAAAUUAGCUACUAUCAGGCACCAUACAAAAUUGUUACCAUACUAUUAGCUAUAUUCUAAAAACGAGGAAUUUUUUAGGGAAAUGUCACACAUUUUUAUAUGACAGAGGGAAGUACACUUACUGCUUUUCAUACAGUCCACAGUGGAAAUGCCAUUAUUCUUUAAACAGAGCAGUUUCAUGCUACAUGUGAUAAAUAUGAGGUUCAAAUAUUAAAUGUUAAAACUGAACUAUUCCUAGAACCAUAUUCAAAAAUCUGUAAUUUUUUGGUACUUUAUUGGCCACACAAUUAAUUAUUACAAUUAACUAAAAUGAGUCAUAAGGUAAUUAAAAGGUAAUAUGGUGGCUUGAAGUGUAGGGAUCAGAAAGAAGCAGCUGUGGACCCAACAUGUAAAAUGGGGAACUAGGAAAUGCACAAACAUCCAAAGUGAUAGAUUUUUUUUUUCAGUAAACAUACAUGCAUAUACAGAUGUGCAUUUUCAAUCUAGAAGUUUUCUAGUAACUAUCAUCUCUUAAAUCUAUAAUCCUGGAAUUAAUGUUAUUUUUUGAAUAUGCAAGAGCCUGUGGUACUUACCCAUUUGUCCAUGCUUUCCCACUCUUGAGGGAAGAUUUGCAUUUUAAGCUUUAUCUCCAGAUGUACUCUUUUAAGGGGUUUUGUCUCUCUCUAAAAGUGUUAUUUGUUUGUGUCUACAGUUUGUUUGAUAUUGUGGAAAAGACUUCAGACUGAGAGCAAGUGAUCUAACACCUACAUAAUGGUGACCUUCCCUAAGUCUCUCAACCUUUCUGAGGCUGUUUCAUCCAUUGCUUUAAAGAACUACUUAAAACACAAGGCCCAUGAAACCUUUUUGUUUGUUUGUUUUAAAGUAUAAAAGAUUAAUUUAGUGCCUUUGACACAUUUUUUUAUUGUGGAGGAUGUAUGGUAUCAGCACUGACAGAUGACACAGAUACAAAGAACUCUAGCUUAUGACAAUAUUGAGGGUUUAUCCCAAUUCUGCAAAAGAGCUUCUUUUUUUUUUUUUUUUUUUUUUUAUUUGACAGACAGAGAUCACAAGUAGGCAGAGAGGCAGGCAGAGAGAGAGGAGGAAGCAGGCUCCCCGCUGAGCAGAGAGUCUGAUGUGGGGCUCCAUCCCAGGACCUUGGGAUGACCUGAGCAGAAGGCAGAGGCUUUAACCCACCGAGCCACCCAGGCGCCCCCUGCAGAAGAGCUUCUUAAAGAUGCUGUGAAGGCCUCAGAGCAGCAGGGUUCAGAUAAGAGAUUCUCCAUAGACUGAAAUGUCGAGGACCUAACACCUGUGUGUUGAUUAUUAACCAACGAUGUGUUUCCUAUUAACCAACGAUCGCAUAUGGCACAUACACCUCGCCCCUCAGGACCACACUCACCAGGUGAUUCUGGAUUUUCUGCAGGCCAGGAUAGAGCAGAUAACACCUAUCCACCCCCUAUCUGACACAUAGUUUACAGUCUCAGACCAACACUUUAGUCACAACAAAAGUGGAAGGAAAAGAGAGGGAUGCCUUUUCCGUCAGUGCAGAAAUGUGGAGGGGAAAGUAGCUUGCAAACAAAAUGUGAAUCAGUGUGAUAAAAUGAUGCCUGUGUCAGCUGGACUUUCAGUGAACACCAAACCAGCAGCUCUUAACUAUCAGCACCAUUCGCCCAGAUACCCCUGAAGUUUCAGUCCUGUCCAGCAGACAGCCUGACCAUUGUACUUCUUUGUGCCUGUUUCUAAUGUCUGUGCAUUGGCAAUGCAUUGAGAGAUGAUGUAUAUCUGAUAUAUUCCCUUGAAAUAAAUUUCCAGCAAACUUUCUAACUUUUUAACUAUUGAAAAAGAGAUUUAAAACUUUUGCUUAAAUCAUGCCCAAAUUAUGGACUGUGCCUCUUAUUUUUAGAAAUCAUUUCUUACCUUUAAAAUUUUCAAAGAAAAAAAAACUGAGGUACUGGUGAAGUCCCCAAGUAAAUGUGUUCUCUUUUCUCCAUGCUGCCAGUAGACCAAAUCAAAAGCCAUCGCCCUCCCCCCAAAAAAUGUGUUUGAGAACAUGUGUGGAUGAGAAGUGAGAUUUAUAGAUCGCAGUCUUUGUUUCAUGAAGCUACCAAACUUUUUCAUUCUACACCUAAAACUUAUAUUACACUGUAUGUUAGCUAACUAAAAUUUAAAUUAAAACUUAGGGCAAAAAAAAGUUACCCUUUUUCUCUUUGUUAUGUAAUUCAGUGAUUGUAAAAAGAAAAAUGAAGGUUUGUUGUAUUUUU